AUGUCCUAUUCGAUGGGGGCAACCCCCAAAAGCAGUUCUGCUCCUCCAUUUGCAUUUGAUAACACUGAAGUUAGAACUAUAAAAAUAGCACAUGAACGUGUUCAAUUGGACGUUAAUAUGCCCACGCAUCAGAUUAAAGGGGUAGCAGAUAUAAUAUUGAUACCUUUAGUUCAAAAUUUGGAUUAUAUAACCCUGGAUUGUAAAGAUGUUAAAAUUAAUGACGUUUGGGUUGAAAAUAGAAGAUGUGAUAACUAUAUACAUGAUAAUCAGGAUAAGAAUUUACGUGAUAAAUAUGUUAACCAAACAGAUGAUGUAUUAUUUUCUGAUAAUACUAUUGAACAAUCUCAAUUUUUCAGAGAAAAAUUUGCAGAUUUAACACAGAAACCUGAUGAGCUAAGAAAAUCACAAUUAAUAAUAAAAGUACCUUCAAGUAUAAGAAUAACGUUACAGGAUGCGGAUUCGUUAUCAAAUUAUACACCAAUUACUCCAUCUGUGAAGGGAACUCCAGCGGCUCAAGAGAGUGUAUUUACACCGUUAACGGUUAAAAUUGAAUAUGAGAUAAAUAAUCCUCAGACAGGUAUAAUAUUUGAUACAGUUUUAGAAGAGAGCCCUCAUUUAUGGAAUGUAUAUACAACCAAUGCUGAAUUUUGUACUACUGCCUCCUAUUGGAUGCCUUGCAUAAAUAUGUUAGAUGAAAAGUCUACUUGGGAGAUUGAGAUUAGCGUUCCAAGAAAAGUAAAAGAUAUUGGUACCUCUAAAAUGAUUGGUCAGAAGGAAGAAAAUGCGAAUAGUAUUCUUAUGCAAAAACUCAAGAAGACCAAGCAAAGUGAUAAUGGAAAUAAUGAGGAUGAUGAAGAUGAUGACGACGACGACGAAAUGUGGGACGAUGUAGAUACAAAUAAUCCAUUAAACAGAGAUAUUAUUGUAUGUUGUUCUGAAUAUUCAACUGUAAAAGAAUUUGCCCACCCAACAGACAUAUCUAAAAAAGUUUUUGCAUUCCAAAUAUUUAAUCCUGUGGCACCACCGCACAUUGGCUGGGCCAUUGGCGCUUUUGAUUAUUUGGACUUACCAACAGUGUCUGCUAAAGAUGGUGUUGUAGAAGAAGAGCAUGAAGAGAAUGAUGAGAACGUAAACCAUAACUCGAAGAAUAUUGUAGAAAAUGAUACCACCGAUGAUAUACCUAUUAGAGUGUAUACACUACCGACAAAGGAUGUGGAUGAAAAGAUGAUCAUAAAUUCGACAAUUAUAUGUCAGAGGAUAAUGGACUUUUAUUCGAGAGAUUUUGGUUCAUAUCCAUUCGCUUCCUAUUCUUUAGUUUUUCUACCAACUGUGAUACCUGACGUUAUGGAUUUUGCAAGUUUAACAAUUUGUAAUACUAGACUCUUAUAUCCACCAACUCUAAUAGAUCCAAUGUUUUCUACGACAGAUAAACUUGCAUGGGCUCUGGCGAAUCAAUGGUCAGGAGUGAAUAUAACACCUAAUGAUAUAGAUGAUAUAUGGUGCUGUAUAGGUAUGGCUGGUUUUAUGGUUUUUCAAGCAAUCAAGAAAUUAUAUGGUCAAAAUGAAUUUCGAUAUAGACUGAAAUUAUUUAAUGAAGCUAUUGUAGAUCAAGAUUGGGAAAUGCAGCCUCUUGGAACCUUUUUUGCCGAUUUUUCAAGACCCAUUAGCAUUACAUCAGGUGAUCUUGAUUUCAUCAAGUUAAAAGCACCCAUGGUUUUAUACAUCCUUGAUAAGAGAAUGACAAAAACUGAAAGAUCAUUUGGUAUGUCUCGUGUAUUACCUAAAAUAUUUUUACAGGCAAUGUCAGGAGAUUUACCAAAUAAUUCCUUGACUGCAGGUCAUUUUCAACAUGUUUGUGAACGUGUUAAUAAAAAUAAAUUGGAAUCUUUCUUUCAACAAUGGAUAUAUGGGUCAGGAGUACCUAUAUUUAGAGUAACCCAAAGAUUUAAUAAAAAGAGAAUGGUGGUCGAGAUGGGCAUUAGACAAUGCCAACGUGAGGAAUUAGGUGAACAUAAAUUUAUCGGAUCGAGGGGGUUUGCUCGCAGUGCAUUGAAUCAUAUUGAAAAUCCUUAUAGGAAUGUUGAACGGUACUUUACUGGAUCAAUGACUAUCAGAAUAAAUGAGGCUGACGGUACACCUUACGAACAUAUUGUUGAGAUAAAUGAUAUUUUCACAAAAAUUGAUAUUCAAUAUAAUACAAAAUUUAGAAGAACGAGAGGAAGAGGGCCUUCCACCAAAUCAACAAGUAAUUUAGCAAGUUUCAUAGAUGAUCACACCGAUGAUAGAGACGAUGAUAUUGUUAGAUUGGGUGCCAUAUUAGAUAAUCAAGAAGAUUGCAAGGAGUGGAAUCUAACAAGUUUAUUUAAAAAUACAGAGGGGCAUGAAAUGCAGGCCCAGAAUGAAGCGUAUGAAUGGAUAAGGAUUGACUCCGAUUUUGAAUGGAUCAGUAAAAUUAUCAUUAAUCAACCAGACUACAUGUUUUCGUCACAAUUACAACAGGAUGUCGAUGUUGAAGCUCAAAUUGAGAGUAUCCGGUAUUAUGAGGACGUCAUUUCGACCUCUCAAAGAAGUUCACUUGUUUACUCUUCAGUACUUACGCGAACUGUAAUGGACGAUAAGUAUUUUUAUGGUGUAAGGUUAGAGGCUUGCAGAGCGUUGUCUAAAUAUACUUACAAAGUAGGCGAAAAUUUUCCCGGUGGAGCAAAUCACUUAAUUAAAAUUUUUCAAGCAUUGUUCUGUUUUGAUGGAUCAAAUGUGCCGAAAUCAAAUAAUUUUGAGGAUAUACCGAGGUAUUUAAUACAGAAGAAGAUUGUAGAAGCAUUAGGGGGAGUGAGAAAUGAACACGAUGAAUCUCCUUCUUUCGUCAAAGAUUUCUUAUUGGGCUUAUUGAAGUAUAACGACAACAGUACAAAUUUUUAUUCAGAUCAUCUAUAUCUAAGGGAUUUAAUCAAGGCAGUCACCGAAUGUUGUAUUCAUGACAAAGAGGAUAAAAUAUUUCACAAAAAUGCUCUUGAACAAUUGAAUAGGUACAGUAACCUGGAUAAGUGGUCUGAAUCCUAUGACUUUAGUAUUUCCAAAGAAAUUGUUAUGCAAAAGCUUAAUUUAACUGUUAGAGGUUUAUACGAUUUUGACGAAUUGAAUGAAAUUUUGCAGAGGUGUUUUGAUUUUGGGAAUGAUAAUGAUUUAAAUAUAACAAGGGAACGGGAAGGUAUCCAAGAUAUGACAAUAACUUGCUUUAAGGCCAUUUUAAUGAACGGUGGUAUUAAGAACACUGAUGCUCUUACAUUUUUUUUCGAAUGUAUGUGUUGUUUUCCAGACAUGUAUGUGAGGUUAAAUUUACCAAAAGUAUUGGUAGAAUCUUUAAAUUUUGUUGUUGAGAAUAAAUUUAUUGGAAAUUUGGAUGAUGACUUUAAUUUUGUUAUGGAGAGUAUUAUCCCGAGUAACUUAAACCCAGAUAAUGAAGAUGAAGUGGCGGCAUUUAUUAUGGAAGAUGUGUCUACUGAUAUUUACCGUAGAAUGUUGAAUAACAAGAGGAAAAAUAUUCGAGGUAUUCUAAAGGCCGUUCGUCAUGUGUUUAGAAAUUAUAAACCUUUAAAGGGAAUAUUAUGGAAUGUACUUCAUACACCUUUGUUAAAUAUUUUCACAAGAAAAGUUCUUUUUGAUUUUAGUCGUAUUUUGUAUCGUUUGGAGAAUAAGCUUGAAGUUGUUUUACCUGCCCCAAGAAUGAAGAAACUAAUUGCAAAGGAUUUAGGAGAGGGUAAAGUUGUUAUAAGGAGGGACGGUAUAAUGAAACUACACAUUAAAGCCGUUACAAUCGAUGCACCAACAAAUAAAUUGAAGAUAACUCUUCCACCAGUGAAGACCAAAAACAUUAUAAAGAUUAAGACCAAGAAAUAUAAAAAUACGGUGAAGAAGGUUGGAACUAUGCCGGUAAGAUUUGUUAAGGUAUCUAAAAAGUAUAAAAAACUUGAUGUAUCUAGUGUUCCUUUCAGUGAUAAAGUUACAUUCCCUAAGGUUAACACAAGAUCAUUUACAGUUAAAAUUAAAUACCCCAGGAAGACCUAG